GUCCCUGUCCGCCCGGCCCGGGUGAUCUCUCUGUUACCCCCCUGUCCCUGUCCGCCCGGCCCGGGUGCCGCGAUGUUCAGCUGGCUGGGGAGGGAGAGCGGUGCGGCGGCCGGCCCGCAGGAUGUGCUGCAGACGGUGACGGGCGGGCUGCAGUCGCUCUAUUCGGGGAAGCUGCUGCCGCUGGAGGAACAUUACCGAUUCCAUGACUUCCACUCCCCGGCCCUGGAGGAGGCCGACUUCACAAACCUGCCCAUGGUCCUGCUGGUGGGACAGUACAGCACCGGGAAGACCACCUUCAUCAGAUAUUUGCUGGAGCAGGAUUUUCCUGGAAUGCGGAUAGGACCGGAGCCAACCACAGACUCGUUUAUUGCUGUAAUGUAUGGGGACAAGGAAGGGAGUAUACCUGGAAACGCGUUGGUAGUGGACCCUAAAAAGCCAUUUCGCAAACUAAAUAGCUUUGGAAAUGCCUUUCUGAACAGGUUCAUGUGCUCGCAACUGCCCAACCAGGUAUUGAAAAGUAUCAGCAUUAUUGACUCCCCUGGAAUUCUAUCUGGAGAAAAACAACGCAUCAGCAGAGGUUAUGAUUUCAGCCAGGUUUUGUCAUGGUUUGCAGAACGUGUGGAUAGAAUAAUUCUUCUGUUUGAUGCCCACAAACUGGACAUAUCUGACGAGUUUUCAGAAGCUAUUAAAGCUUUUCGAGGUCAGGAUGAUAAGAUCCGAGUUGUACUUAACAAGGCGGACCAGGUAGACACUCAGCAGCUCAUGAGGGUCUACGGUGCGCUCAUGUGGUCAUUAGGAAAAGUAAUUAACACUCCAGAGGUGGUUCGUGUCUACAUUGGUUCCUUCUGGUCAAAGCCACUACAGAACACAGAGAACCGAAAACUCUUUGAAAUGGAAGCUCAGGACUUGUUUCGCGAUAUCCAGAGCCUCCCACGCAAUGCUGCCCUGCGAAAACUCAAUGACCUUAUCAAACGAGCUCGUCUUGCAAAGGUACACGCCUACAUCAUCAGUCACCUAAAGAAAGAAAUGCCCGCUGUAUUCGGGAAAGAGGCCAAGAAAAAGGAACUAAUCAACACCCUCCCUGAUAUUUACAAACUGAUUCAGCGUGAGCAUCACAUUUCCCCUGGAGAUUUCCCUGACGUGAAGAAGAUGCAGCAACAGUUGGAGAUAUAUGACUUCUCCAAAUUCCAUGGACUGAAGCCAAAGUUGAUUGAAGCAGUCGAUAACAUGUUGGCUAAUAAAAUUGCAUCUUUAAUGAGUCUAAUUCGAGAGGAAGAAAACACCAUGCCAUCUCAGAUGGUGCAUGGAGGGGCUUUCGAAGGCACUUCAGAAGGGCCGUUUGGCCAUGGCUAUGGGGAAGGAGCUGGUGAAGGUGCUGAAGAUGAAGAAUGGGUGGUGGCCAAAGACAAACCUGUAUACGAUGAGCUGUUCUACAUGCUCUCUCCAAUCAAUGGCAAGAUCACAGGAGCCAACGCCAAGAGAGAGAUGGUGAACUCAAAGUUGCCAAAUAGUGUAUUGGGGAAAAUCUGGAAAUUGGCAGAUUAUGACAAAGAUGGCAUGUUGGAUGAAGAGGAGUUUGCCCUGGCAAAGCAUCUUAUUAAAAUUAAGCUUGAAGGUUUUGAGUUGCCGAAUGACCUCCCACCUCAUCUGAUACCACCAUCUCACAGGAAAGCCCAACAGAACUCUGAGUGAAGAGCAGAACUGUGCAAAUCCAGAGUUAUGUUACAACUGUAAAAUACAUUAGCCACAACCAAGGGGCUCCAGGCAAACGCCCUUUGAAAAUAAUCUCCGAUACAAUUCCUUUUCUGUAUCAUCCCACUCCAGGCUUAUAGUUUGUCAGUACAAAAUAUACAAUUUCUUUGUAUUUUUAUUUUUGUGCACAGAAAAUAGAACAAUUGUAAAUACUCACGUACUAACAGAGUUAUUCCUAUGUCUAUGUGUGAAGAAAAUGAUUUAAAAUAGAUUGUGCCUAUACUUCUUUAUAACCAGUCAAGGGAUUAACUACAUUACUAAUGUGUACUAGUUCAAUGAGUUGGUGAAAUUGUGCGGUAUCCUGCUUAUAGCCCCUUAAGGACAGAUGACGGAAAUAUUCCGUCAUGAUUCCCUUUUAUUCCAAAAGUUGUGUCUUUAAGGGGUUAGGAAAUAAAACACACUCCCUCCCUCCCUUCCCAAAAAUGGAUUAUGACAGAUUUUUGAAACCUUUUGGAGGCAGGGACAAUGGGAAAAAUCCUUAGAAAGAAUACAGGGUAGAUUCAUUGCAGAGUCAAAAAAGCCUUUCAUGUCACCAAGGUCUAUAUAUUGCGUUCCAUUGCAUUUCGGUGAUCUGGCAAAGUCAGUGUAUCCUUCGAUGUUGGCUAAUUUGCUAUAGAUAUUGUAUGAUGCUGACCUCUGCUCAGUUGAGAAACAAAUUGUUUUUUUUUUUUGUUUUUUUUUAAACCAACAUUGUUGGUGUUUUUAUUUACU